CGUGACGUCACGAUCAUGAUUAGAAUUGAUGAUCGGACGCGCUGAUUUCAUUGUCUGGUCCCGGACUGGAGCGGACCCGGAGCGGCCCCGGUGACUCCUGCGGCUGGGGAGGGGAUUCAGGAAUUUCACUAUACAAGCUGUGAAAGAUCUGCGAUGGAAGGAACGGUGGCUCCAAAUGUAGGGGAAGUGACCUCGACGGGGUCUCAGGGAUACCAGCCAGAGAUGAACCUUCGUUCUGUCUUUACUGCAGAACAGCAGAGGAUAUUGCAGCGUUAUUAUGACAGCGGCAUGACAAAUCAGAGCAAAAGCUGCUUUCAGCUCAUUUUACAGUGCGCGCAAGAAACGAAGCUGGACUUCAGCGUGGUCCGAACUUGGGUUGGAAACAAAAGGAGAAAAAUGAGCAGUAAAAACUAUAUAGAUACAGGAGCCCCGUUACAAGGUCCGGUGUCCAAUUCUCCAUCGCGUCCUCCAGAUGUGACUGUCAGAAAUGUGCCAAAUAUAACCAGAAGCCAACCUCCACGGAAUUCUUCAGGCAGCGACCUGAUCAUGACUUGUGUUUACAGUCCAAAUAACUCUUCUGUUAGACAGGGGACCACGCCGCAGAGCGCCGCUCCAAAACCUGAUGUUCUUAAGCCCACCCUGCCGAGGUCAACGACGAGGAACGACGCAGAGUAUUUGAAACUUCAGGGUCCUGUUCAACGGCAAGCGGUGCCUGUGUCGAAAAGUUCUUUACAGCAACUUGACGAUAAAACCAUAAUGCUGUCUCGUCAGCAGAGUGUAGCAAAACCUCCAAACUCCCUGUACCUCAAGAAAACUUUUGGAGGCCCUUCUGGUCAAAUGCUGGAGAGGGCAGCUCCUCAAAAGACAACGUCUUGGUCCCUAAAAGGUGUAGUAGAGCCUCCUGGCAGCCAAAGGAUACACAAGCCAGAAGAACCGGUUGGAAGUCCUGUUUCACACGUUUCUGUGGCCCAGCGGAGCAGAGACUCCACAUGUGGCUUAAAAAACCUGGAGAUUCGAGAAGUCUUCUCGUUGGCGUCUACCGACGGUUCUUCAAGGUCUCUUGGAGUGCGUGCAGACGAGAGACCUCGGAUGGUGGAAAGCAACUGCUUUUCCAUAGCAAUGGAAACAGGAGAUGCUCAUGAUGAGUAUGCUCGGGAAGAGGAACUGGCCUCGAUGGCUGCGCAGCACCAGGCUUGCUCAAGGUUUAUUGAGGUUAAUAGUUCACCACGUCUGGAGAACAGGUGCACAAUAUCUCCAGUCCCAGUAAGGACAGGGAAUUGUAAAACACACCCAACCAAUACAAGAGACUUAUCCGAAAAUGUGUAUCCAAACAGGGACUACUACAUGUCACUAAAUACCUCAGCACACAACACAGCCAGCACACAAUACACAAGUGCUAACGCAACACGGAACAAUUUGCCUCCUCUUUACACUGCACCAUCUCAACUGAGACUGCCGCCGAACCAAAACAACUACCAGGUAUCAGGAAACCUGACCGUGCCUUGGAUUACAGAAUGCUCCAGGAAAAGAACGCUCCAGGACCGCACGCAGUUCAGCGACCACGACCUGGCAACGCUGAAGAAGUACUGGGACAACGGGAUGACGAGCCUGGGCUCGGUCUGUCGGGAGAAGAUAGAGGCCGUGGCCUCCGAAUUAAACGUGGACUGCGAAAUAGUGCGGACAUGGAUAGGGAAUCGGAGAAGGAAAUACCGUUUAAUGGGGAUCGAGGUGCCGCCGCCAAGGGGAGGUCCCGCUACUUUCCCCGAGCAGCUUGAAUCCGGGUCGUCCGUCCUGUCCUCGGGGGAAGAUCCAGUGGCGGAAGUGAGCGAGGAUAAUGACCGGAAUGAUGACGUGUCCAUCUGCCUCUCCGAGGAAAGUUCUCAAGCAGAUGAAAUGGCCGAGGUGGGACGGAACGAAGACAUCGUCAUCAAAGAAGACCGCCAUGAUGCUCUCCUCGUUCACAAUGUGAAAGUUGAAGUAUUAGAGGAGGAAGCCGGUGAUACCGCGAGCAAGUUUGAUGUGGAGCAGAUGCGCUCUCUGUUGGAGUAUAAGAAUGAAGAGAUUCGAUACAUGGAGAGCGAACUGGAGAAUUUGAAACUCAAGUACGCGGAGCUGCAGGCGUUCACGAGGAAUUUAAUACACGCAGUGAGAACAAACGAUAGAGAUCAGCAGCAGUGUUUCCUGGCAGACCCGCCGGUGGACGUUGAAGACAUGGAUUAUAACCACGCGUCACCCGAACCCGAUGAUACCUCGUACAGCAUGUCCUCUCAGUCGGAAAAAACCACUCCGGACAGUGUGUAAAGGAUUCGCUCGUACCCCCCAACUCCAUGACGUGGUCUCAUUGUCCCGCGCCACUCUGUGCUUUGGAGUCUUUGUAAGACUUCGAUACAAGCUAAUGGACUAACAAAAUGUUAACUUAUUUUGAUCAAGUGAAAAUAGAAUAUAUUUUGCAUCCUGGAGGAGUUUCGGCUUCACAGACUUAAUAAACACAGGCCACGGAGAAAGUGCUAUUCAGUAUGGAUUCCCGUAGAUAUUAUCUCUCCUGAAUAAAGAUUUUUAUCUAUUUUUGGUGGUGGA